CUUCUUGCACCCCCUAAUCUCCCACCAAUACUUGCAUCGUUCUCUCCUAGCUCAAGCAUACCGAGUUCCUUUUAGACUUCAAGAGCUGUGUCAGUCUUAGAGUCACCGCGAGCAGGUAACAGUCUUAUACUUCCAUGUCAGGAAGAGGAGGAAGAGGCGGACGUGGAGGUCGAGGCGGAAGAGGUGGGAGGGGUGGCAGCACCUCUGCAUCUUCGUCAUCUUCAUCCUCUCGCUUCACGCCCUUCUCUGGUAACGGCAAUGUUCUAGGAGGAGGGGGGUCUACCAGCGAGGAUCCAGCCACAUAUUACGCCAGAGCAUUCGGCAACGCCUCUAGCGCAAGAGGAGGCUCAAACGCGGUAGGCUUCGACUAUGCCAACCUCCACAGUGGUAGGAGCAAGCUGAGGGCCGCCGCUGGUCUCAGCGAGGGGGAGAGCCAUUCAUCGUACCCAGCUGGUAGCAGCUCCACUUCCGCCAACAAUACGCCUCGUGACUCUCCGCGCCCCGGCUACCGGGCAGCUUCUGGAGGUGCUCCUGGUGGCAGCUUCGAGCGCUCCCCUUUUCAGAAGGGCAGAUACGUCAAGGAGCCUCAAUACCCCGCCUUUCACACCGGCAGAGGCAGUGGAUCAGGACCCAUUAGACCAUCUGAGCUCCAUGGCGAUGACAAAUAUCUAGCAGGCAUGACCGGCGGCAAGUCGCGAGGUAGCGGUCUACGGCAAUCCUUCCGCUCUGGAGACCCUGCCCAGAGGAAUGCCCACUUUCAGCCCGUCGAGUUCGUCAAGGCGACUGGAGAGUGGAAGAAUGGCAAGUGGACUGGGAAAGAUGAAUCUGGCGAGCCUGUCGAGGAGGAAGGGGCUGAUGCGGAGCAGAAGGGCGAAGGUAGCCAGCAGAGGUACGAUGCGCUCAAUGCUCGACCUUCUGGAGCUGGACUAGGCUUCAGCAAAGGCAAGCAAGCCGAGCCCGCCUCUACAGAUGGAGAGAAGACCCGGUCGAUCCAGCAGCAAUCAUCAGACGAAGAGCAGGACCAGAUCGCUGCGCUACUUCAAGCAUUCCCUGGCUCGAGAGAGCUGGACAUUGACGAGGACUCGCAUCUCCCGGACUCUCACUUUCAACCAAAGCCCUUUGACAUGUCCGAAAAGGACGUACAGCAAAAUAGCAGAGCUCUUGAUAAUCUUCAAGGACUUCAGAUCACACCUGCCAGCGCAAACGAAGUUACCACAGGCAUGGGCAGCGGCGACAUGGAGGAAGUGGAGGAGGCAGUCCCCCUAUCAGCAGCCGCCUCAACUCCAGGCUCGUCUCCUCCAUCUUCUGACGACAGUGGGGACGAGGACAUGAUUCUCAUCCCUCAAACCGCAAAGCCCGGCACAAGCGUCACGCAGUCGACGCAACCCAAUGCCCAGGCUCAGUCUGACUCGGAGGAAGAGCGUCAGCUCGACGCUAUCAUUGCUGCCUCUGGUGGCUCGAGCUUGGCAGAGCAGGCUGAGAGUACCAUCACUGCACCUCAGGAUCCCUUCGUCUUCGACUUCACAGGCGAUGAUCUGUCUGUAGAUCGUACGGACAAGGAGAUUUCUCACACUGUCCCAUCGACAAGCUCUUUCGUGCUUGGCGAGGGGCCACCUCCAGGAUCUGAGGGUUCAGACAACGAAGACGGAGCUGGGCUGCAGGGGGCCGAGACUUCCUACUCGAAUGUCAUGGCUGAGUCGUCAGAGGACGAAUUUGUCGGGCUUGCUGUGGAUACGCGAUCCCACGACAGACCUUCCAAGAAAGCUACUGGUCGCAAGAGUCGUAUUGCAGCCAAGAAGGCCCGACAGAAGGCUCGCAAGUCUGGUCAGCAUCAAGUCGCGGGCGGUGACGACGGCGCUACUGUGUUGCCCAACAAGCAACAGCCCCGCGAACCUCGCACAGGAGACUCUGACCUCGACUGGGGAAGUGACGGCCCGCCUGAUUUUCACAAGGGCCGAAAGAGCGGUGACGUUGACCCAGCCGAGUUCCAGCUGAGGGAGCUGUCGCUCAGCGCGGCGCCUCACGCCCCCAAGACCCGCGUCGAGGAAGAGCGUAUGCUCCAAGAUGCCCUGAAGUUGAGCAUGCAUCAGAGCAACGCCGGCGCAGACCGCAAUGCAGACCCCUCUGGCUCCUACUCUUCCAUCUUUAUCAAAGGUCCAAGCACGUAUCAAAAUGGUCGCAAGAAGCUGACAAGGAAGCAGAUGGAGGAAGAGGCUAUCCUUGCCGACUAUAUGGAGAAUGCUCUGAAGCAGCGUCCUGAUUCGGACGAGGAAGGAGUUGACGCUUCUGAAGACGACAUGGAUGCCAUGCUCAAAUUCAUGCGUGGUAUGGACCCCAAUGGCGGCGGUGGUCGUCAGAUGACCUUGGGCGACAUUGAAGACGAGACGAAGCUCAUGGAGGAAGAGGAGUGGAUGACUGAGAGCGACGGUGAAGCUGAUGAAGAUGUCGAAGAUAGCAAGCUCACCGAAGUUACUGUUGAAGUUGAGGACGGCGACGACAGCAGUCAGCGAGGAGAUGAAGAGGAAGAGAGCGACGAGGAUAAGGAUGCUGAACUAGAUGAGGUACUAGAGCUUGCGGAGCAGCAAGAGAUCGGAGAAUCCGACGAUGAUGGCAGCAGCGACAACGAUGGGGAUGGGACCUACGAUAGCGAGGAUGACGAAGAUGAUGAAGAUGAUGAAGACGCAGACUCCGACGACGAUGAGGAUGGUCGCCUCUUCGAUCGGAACUUCACAUGGGCUGCCGAGGACGAGAGCUUCAUCAACAAACUCGAGCAGUACGCCCAGGCUAAUCAUCACAUCCUCACCGGCAGCGAUCGCAAAGCUCGCAACCGCCUCUUCAAGGCCAUUGAAAACGGAGACUUUGGAGAUGACCUCGAUGACGAUGAGUUGAUGGGUCUUUCGCCUGCCAAGAAGAGCAAAGCGAAGAAGUUCAAGAGCGAUGACAUCUGGGCCGAGGAGCUGCAGAAGCAGUGGGAGAAGGACCGAGCUACCAAGGCGGAUAACAAGAGGAAGCGAGCCGAGGAACGCAAGGCAGCAGCUCAGACGCCAUAUCUGAACACUCACAAGAAGGGGACUAAGAAGAUGGCCAAGAAGGCUGCUCGUGCUGCUCGACGUGCGGCUCGCACAGAGGACGACCCAGCUGCCUGGGACGAGGAGUACUCUGGCGGCGCAGGCCUGAUGGAUCGCAAGGCGGGCAACCUGGUCGAGCUCGAUGCUCAGAUACACCGCUUCCUGGACGAUGCCGGGCACACGACGCUCUCUCUCCCGCCGAUGGACAAGCGUGCCCGAGCGCAGGUCCACAUGCUCGCCAGCGCCUAUUCUCUCGUGUCCAAGUCUCGCGGUGCAGGACGGUCCAGGUUCACCACGCUCAUCAAGAAUUCACGCAGCGGUGUCAACGUCGACACACGCAAAGUGCGGUCGAUCCUAUCUGGCCGUGGAGAAGCUUCCUUUGGAGGCGGUCUUUCCAAGAAGGGCAAGGCGGCAAAGGGUGGCAAAUCAGCUGGUGGUGGUAGUGGUGGGCUUGGAAAGAUGGGAGGAAGUGCUCCUUCUAACAUGGAUGGCUCGGCCGUCGGGUGGGGUGCAGAUAGAAUUGGAGCGGACAAUGUCGGUCAUAGACUCCUGACGAUGAUGGGCUGGGCAGAAGGCUCUGGUGUGGGCGCUAGCGGUGGCAUGGCGGACCCCAUUGGUGCUACCAUCAAGACGAGCAAGGGUGGACUGGGAUUCUAGCUGGCGAUCUAAACCGCUUCGACGGUGGGCGCGACUUGUACAAUCGUUUGCUUUGCAUAGUGAGCAUUCCUCCUCCAUCAUCAUCGCCCUCUAUCUCUCGAGCACAUCACGCUCUCCCACUUUCCGCCUCACAAUGCAUAGAGUUCCGCGACAUG